UCGAGAGAACCAACACUCAGAUUGGACCUAUCCAGCGAUGUGCUGAUACCAGACCCUGGGCCGUACUCUGCUCCAGUGCUAGGCUCAAUGCCCGGGUGCAGCCAUCUCCGCCCCUCUUCGUACAGGGCACUGCGGAGUGCCGUUUCCACCUUGACCAGGAUCGAUGACUUCUACUGCGAGAAAAUUGGGUCGGGAUUCUUCUCGGAGGUCUUCAAGGUCCAACACCGGAUAUCUGGGCAGGUGAUGGUCCUCAAGAUGAACAAGCUGCCGAGUAACCGUGCCAACAUGCUACGUGAGGUGCAGCUGAUGAACCGGCUCUCGCACCCCAACAUCUUGCGAUUUAUGGGUGUCUGUGUUCAUGAAGGCCAGUUACAUGCUCUGACUGAGUACAUCAAUGGAGGGAGCCUUGAGCAGGUACUGGGCAGCAAUGAGCAUCUGUCUUGGUUGGUCCGGAUCAAGCUGGCACUGGACAUUGCAAAGGGCCUAUGCUACCUGCACUCCAAGGGGAUCUUCCACCGGGACUUGACAUCCAAGAAUUGCUUGGUGAAACGUGAGGGGAAGUCCUACACGGCUGUGGUGGGAGACUUUGGCCUUUCAGAAAAGAUCCCAAACUAUAGUGGUGAUGGGGAGAAGGAGCCCUUGGCAGUGGUUGGAUCACCAUACUGGAUGGCACCUGAGGUCCUGAGAGGAGAGUUAUACGAUGAGAAGACAGACGUCUUCGCUUAUGGCAUCAUUCUGUGUGAGAUUAUCGCCCGGAUACCAGCUGAUCCAGACUACCUGCCCCGCACUGAGGACUUUGGCCUAGAUGUGAAUACUUUUGAGACGAUGGUGGGAGAUUGUCCAUCUGUAUUCCUGAAGCUGGCGAUCCACUGCUGUGUUAUGGAUUCCACCCAACGCCCGUCCUUUGCAGAGAUUGUCCAGAAGCUGGAGAUGAUGCUGAAACUGUAUAAGAAUCCGGGUUCAAGGCCGCAGAAUGCAGGAGGACAGCACAUCACCAUGAAAGUAUCAACCAUACAUAAUGGGAUCAAUGCCUGUGAGUGGAGAGGGAGCGGAGAGACGGAGCGAGACCUUUCCAACAGCCUCCGGGUGCAGUGUGAGCCCCGCCUGUCCCGCAGCCACUCGGACAUGUUCUCCCGGGCGGCCCUGGGGGCGGAGGGACUGGGCCUGGGCCCGGCCGCCCGGAUUAACCCCUUCUCCGGCCGGGCCGACCUGAAGGGCGGCAAGAUCAAACUGUACGACUCGCCCAGCCGCUCGGUCAUCUCACUGAGCUUCGAGCUGACGCCGCCGUCCCCCGGCGCCGCCCAGCCGCUCACCCCGGAGCCGUUCAACCCGCCCCGCAGCGGCCUUCCCGCCGGCUCGCCGCCCGCCCGCCGCUGCCGCUCGCUGCCCGAGCUCCGCCCCGGGGGGUGGGGCCUGUCCGACGUUGACCUCUCACCCGGUCGGGGUCAGAGGACGGGGGGCGGGCCGGGAGACGCGGCCGCGGGCGAGGAUGCUGAUGCUGAUGCUGAGAGAGAGGACCAACCGCUGGCGACCCCGCCACCCAGACCCAGCGGCAUCUCCGACAGGCCUCGUUCGGCCCUCGGUGACAACGGCGGGACUUACCGCCCUCCGGAUUCCGGCGGUGGGAGCGACGGUACUCUGACGGCGGUGAGCGAGUGUCGCCGGUGGGGACCUGGCCGCCAACCGUCAUUCUCGGACAGUCCCGCCGCUCGUGAGCGGCUGGGGAGUGCGCAUGCGCUGAGGCUCGGGGGGCGGGAGGGUGCGCAGGCGCCGGAUGCCCUGAGUCGGACGCCGCUGGAGGAUGGGCCUUCGCUGGAAGCGGGAGGCCCGGGGCUGGUGGAGAGUGCGCCUGCUCUGGAGGCUCUCUGCCGGCUGUCGUCGGAGAGUGCGCCUGCGCUCGAGGCCCUGUGCCGGGUGCAAUCGGAGAGUGCGCCUGCGCUGGAGGCCCUGUGCCGGGUGCCGUCGGAGAGUGCGCCUGCGCUGGAGACCUUGUUCCGCGUGACGUCGGAGAGUGAGCCUCCGCUGGAGGCUCUGCGCCGGGUGCCGUCGGAGAGUGCGCCUGCGCUGCCGGAGAGCGAGCGUGGCCAGUUCAUGAGCGCCGAGGCUGGUGCGGAGCAGGAGCCGGAUGAGCCGGUCUCCUGUCCAGGCUGUUGUCUGGGCGGCUUCGCCUUCCUGUUCCCCCCGGUGUGUCUGCGCUCAAACAGCCAGCCGGCCGGCUACCCCGACCUCAACUGUGAGUCCGACCGCCUGAUCGGUGAGGAGGAGGGCGCGGUGAGGCCGGUCUCCGGUGGGUCACAGGCUGUUAGCAAUAAUCACUAGAGAGUGUGGGGGAGGGUCUCAUUGUGUCUGAGUGACAUUCCCCGUCACCAUCUCCCCUCCCCCCGUCACCAUC